UUAGAAUAUACUUUUGAUAUAUCAAAUUUUUAGAUUAUUUAUUUAUUUAGAUUAUAUUUAAUUUGUGAUCAAAGAUUGUUAUUGUUUCACCAAAAAAGUCAAAACAAGAAAGGUUUCUAGAAAUGAAAGAUCAGCCGCGCGCACGACCUCCUCUCCCUUCUACGCUAUCCUUGGAAGUUGGGAUUGACGAACGGACACUGAACAAUCGGAUUGUCAAGGACGAGCCUUGGCCCUUACUUUGGUUACUGGUUUUGCUUGUGUUUUUACAUUUUUCGAAAGAGACCAAGGAAAGGAAAGUUAGCGUCAGUACCUGUUUGGAGGGGUGGGGCUGCCGGCGCUGCUGGAGGGGUGGGGCUGCCGGCGCUGCUGGAGGGGUGGGGCUGCCAGCGCUGGAGCUGGAGGGGUGGGAUUGCCAGCGCUGGAGCUGUAGGGGUGGGGCUGCCGGCGCUGGAGUUGUCCGAAUUGGAGUUGUCUGGCACUGCAAUUCCUGCUAUGCCGGCGAAUUGGAGUUGCCGAAAAAAGGGAGAUGAAAAGGGGGGAUUUUGGGGAAGAAGAGAGGAGAUGAAAAGACUAAGAAAAAAGGGAAAUUGAAAAAAAAAUAAAUAUAUUGGGUGGCAGGCU